UAAGUGUCUCACUGACUCCAGAGAACCUGCAGUCAGUCACAUCACCUGAGCGCGUCGCCGCACAACCGACCCGCGUCGCGCGCGAGCUCCAGCCGCCGCCGUUGCGCGUGAUUUUCCACCUCCGGCCGUUGCGCGAUGCCGCUGCCCUUCGGCUCCCUGGUCGUCGCCGCCGGGAUCUGCGGGACCCUGAGUUUCGCUUCUCUCGCCGCGUCCCUCGGAACCGAGUACUGGUUCAUAAUCGAGAUGAAUCCCGCGAACGCGAGCGACGCGGAGGACUGGAGCUCCCACUCGGGGCUGUGGAGCGUCGGCGAGGGUGAGAAGAUGAAGGCAGAAGACUCCGCCACGUACUCCGAGAGCGAGCACGGCAUGCACAGUGCCAUCGUGGUGGUGCUGCCCCUCAGCCUGGUCCUGAUGCUGUUCGGGGGGAUCUGUGGACUCGUCAGCUCUCUGGCUCGGAGCCCCGUCCUGCUCGCGCGCACCGCCACCUACUUCUUCCUCUGCAGCCUGCUGACCCUGAGUGGCGCCAGUCUCUACAUCGUGUACUCGCACCGGGCCCUGGCGGAGGCCGAGAGGCUGGUGGGGCCUCAGGGCCUCGCCUCCGUGCGCACCUCCUUCGGCUGGUCUCUGGGUCUGGCCUGGCUCUCCUACGGCCUGGAGCUCCUCGCCGGUGCGUUGCUCCUGGUGGCGGCGCGAGCGGUGCAGCUGCAGCGCGGCGGCGGCGGCGGCAGUCCCGCCACGACCUGAGACGACGACGACGACGGCGGCAACGCAUGGAGGCCCGACAGCAUGCAGCGAGGUCACAAACAACAACUGUAUAUACACGUUAUAAGUCAGUAAAGUGCGCCCUCUUGUGGUUAAAAUGAAACGGCUCCUUAAAUCCAGUCAGUCUACCUGCUUGUUGUUAAACUAUUACGUGUAAUGUGCCAAACUCUCUUUAAAAUGACUUCAUAGAUACAUUUUCAUUCUCACGGCUUUUCAGAAUUGUGUAUAUUUUUAAAGCACAUUGUUGUCACUUUGUUUGUUUGAUGUUUGCCGAGUUGGAACACCAAGUCAAACCUAAAAGUGUUUUGUAACAUUUUAGUAACCUGUUUUUCUACUGAAAAUGUGAAAUAAAUAUGUGUUCCGUGUACAUUUCGGACAUGUUA